AUGGAGUCUCCACAGACUAAUGCAGAGGCAGAGCAUCAUCCGGAUGAAGAGGAUUUCCUGCCAGAGGAUGGAGGUUACGAAUAUCUCCGUGAUCAUUUGACAGGGAAUGGUUCUAACGAUGAUGAUGGUGGAUUUAUAGCACAAGGACAAUUAAUAGCCUCACAUCAGAAGGAUCAUCUUCCACCAUUGUUACAGGAUGAAAAUUUGAACGAAUACGGUAGGAGAGAUGAUAAUUACUAUAAUGAUGAUGACGACAUGGAUUCUUUGGCUGGUGUGAAUGAAGCAGACGAGGCAGUGAAUUUGGCCGACAUCUUGGCGGCACGUGACUCUUCUUUAGUAGAAGAUGAGCUGUGGGCGCUUUGUCGCGAGUGCUGCCUUGUUUUGGAGGUCGUUAACUGCACUCCAGAAAUGUUCCAAACCCUCUGCAUCACUCCAGACACUGUCGCUUUUGACAACGCUGGCAACGUAUGCUUCCUUGAUCUUGGUUCAGAUCCAGAAUCUUUGUAUUUACCUCCAGAGUUCAGCGAUGUCACAAACAAUUAUAAGUCCCAUCUGUAUUCCUUGGGGAUGACCCUGCUUUAUGCUGCUGAGUACAAUGUUGAUCCAAGUCGACCUGAAAUCUCACAAGAGUUACGGGAACUGUUUGGUUGUAUGACAGCAGAGGUGUUAACAUCGAGACCAUCUCUAGAGGACAUCAUCACACUUUGUGAGGAGGAACUUGUAGGAAAGUCAUCACAGGAAGUCUGUGUCGACAUUGCACAGACAUUCGCACUACCUACACCUACACCCCCAGAUCUAGCAACAGUAAGUCUAGCAGACGUAACAGCCAGCUUAGCCAACUAUCUUCAGUCCCAGUCCAACUUAAUCUCUGCACCUGGAGGAGAGGUCAGUGGGGAAACAGGGGUUAGUGAGGUCACGGAUACUUCCCCUGGUCCUCAGGAACAUUCUACACCUUUACAUCUACCAGUUCCAGUCCAGGAGCACACUACAGCAUCACCAACAGAAGAGGCAGACGACGGAGACAUGCCUGUCCGCGGGGUUCACACAGGGUGUCCCAUGCCAACAGGUAACCGUGGCAACAAACCAACCCCUGCUGCAAGAAAAUUGUCACGAUCUUCUCAAGAUAGUUCUAAAGACACAUCUCAGCAAAAACCACCUGUGCCAAAGAAACCAGACUUAAACAAAACAGUGAAAACUGAUCAAGUGUCCGAGGGUAAUGGAACAAUCAAUACCAAUCAAAGUGACCACCAAAAAAUGUUACAUGGUAAUGACAAUAAUGUGUUAUUAGACAGAGAGGGGUCAAAGUUCAAGGACUCUCCACUCUCAGGGACAGGUCACUCGAGUCUUGAGGCUCGCCACUCCUCAGGUGCGGUAGACUCACAGGGAAAGAGACCCCGCAAAAGCAAGGGGCUUUCACUUGGUGAUAUCUUAGAGACUUUGGAGCGCCCUCUAGUAGAGGAUGAGGUAUGGGCAGUUUGUCGGGAGGGAACUAUUGCACUCAACAAGAAAAGAAAACAUCUCCCUGCCUACAUUUCUCCAGACACACUGUUACUGAGAGAAAGUGGGGCUCUGGCAUUUCGAGCAAUUCCUGAGGAAAAGCCACUGGAGGUGAUUUACAUGGCUCCAGAAAUACAACAGAAAGGCCAGCUGUCAGACAAGAUGUGCUUGUUUGGGCUUGGUGUCACCAUGAAGUUUGCUAUUGGAAACAAGUAUUCUACCGAGUCUUCAGGAGUUGGUGAUGACUUGCAGAAACUUUUAGCUAAUAUGGUGGAAGAAGACCCAGAGAAACGGCCAUCCAUCGAGGAUGUGUCAGAGGCAUGUGGUGAACAUGAAUGUGACCUUGGAAUACCCUCCAGUUCUAUUUGUCAAGCACUGUACCAGGAGGCAUUCGAAAAGGUGGCUGACAAGAUGGCCUUCGCCAUGCCAAGUGACCCUCCUAAUAUCCAGGACCCUCCAGAGUCAUCCAAUGGUUCUGCCUUUCGAUCAAUUCAAGGGGGAUCACUCAUCCGACCUGCUGCCAUCAGUUCAUCCACAGCAGCAUUUAAACCAAUAUCAAAUCUUCCAGAGGGCAAAGGUCAUUCUGGACUUCCUUCUCAGUUUAUGUCAUCUGCUACUCAUUUCAAACCAAUCAUUCUUCAGCAGUCUGUGACCCCAGCUCCAGAGGUCAAAGAUGUUUCUAAGCAACAAGAGAGUCCCAAGGAUUGUCAACCAAAUGACAAGGACAAGGAGGUAGUAAAAAAACUGAAAGAGUUAAAGAAAAACUUGAUGCAACAUCGUCAGCCAGGCAAGGAUAAGCCUGAUGCAAAAGUGGCGAGGAAAUCCUCAAAGUCACCAAGUGUUAGUCCAAAGGUUAGCCAGGUACUGAAUAAAAAACCAAGUGAGGACCAAAUUGAAGUGCAAAACAAGUCAUCAAGUGAUACAAAGUCGGAGACAGGGGGUCCACUAGAGUCUUUGCUGUCUGAAAUACAGAAACAAGGGGCUGUCCCAAACACACAGGCUUUAGCUUCAGCUAUCGCAAACUUCCUUCAAGGUCAAAUGACUCAGUCACCCAAUUCAAAUUUGAAUCAGGGACAACCACAAGUUCAAAGUCAAGGUCAGUCUCAAAGUCAAGGUCAGAUUCCUGGACAACAGAAUUCUUUUGUGACUCAAGGACAGAUUGCAUCUCCAUUAUCUAAUACUGCCACGCCCUCUAUGACCUUACAACAGCCAAAUAUAAAUCUUCCUGGACAAUUUCACCCUUCUUUGAUUGGUCAGAACUUAAGUGUGCCCAUAGGACCCCAGCAGUAUAGUGGGGGUCUAAUGCCGGGAUACCCCCUACAGGUGCAGCUACAGCAGGAUCCGCGUACAGGAUUUAUACAGCUUGUCCCUACAGGGAUCCUUCCCCAGGCUAUGGGGCCUCAUGUUGGGGAAGACCACACCCACUCAGGUAGUAACUGUGACAACCACAGCGUACACUCAGCAAGAAGUCCAAAACAGCAUAUAUACUCGGAUAAUUCCUCUGCCGACAACAGUGCAAUUCUUAACAGUUCAUUUAACAGUAACAGAUCCCGUGGGGGUCGCACUGCCCGUGACCUUGUUCAAAAGACAGCAGGGAUCAGAUCACGGCACAGUCAGGGAAAGGCCUCCCCUCUGUCUAGUCAACCCCAGGGAGAGUACUUGUGGCGCAGCAAGUCUGCUCAUGCCCUUGAUAACCUUGAUGGGGAUCAGGGUGCGGAGGGACAAGCUAGUCAAAGAAGAAAUUUAAGUUUGGCCCCAGGCCAUGUAUAUGAUGAUUCGGUGCUCCCUGCUAACAGGCGGGACCCUAAGAAGAAUGUUAACAGUGACAUUUAUUCACAGUCUUCCAAAUCCAAUGUGCCCCGACCUAGGACAAUUGUAGGGUACCCAGAAAAUAGCCUAGGCAGAGGGGGACAGUACUUUACUCAACCCCCAAGGACUCGUUCUCAGUCUUCCUCCCCCUCCCCUUCCAAGGACAGUGGGGUCAGUGGAAUGAACACUGGCUACAAACCCCCUCCCCCAGGUAGUCUCAUGGAAAGGUUGCUUAGCAAUGUCAAUGUAAAACAACAGCAGAAGCUUGGACAAGUUGUUCACCUCCUCAGGGAAGAAUUUGCCUUUGAUGGAUACAUGGAAAAUGGUGUCGAGGAUAUCGCCAUGGCGGAGUACAUCACGUCCUUGGGAAAUCUGAAGCUGGAAACGUUCGCUAGUGCUGUUACAGAAAAGUAUUCUGACCUCUACUGGGGCUCUGACCUCCUCUUUAACUUGUACGAUGCAGCCAACGGUCUAAAAGGGUCUCGAAGACUAGUAAAAAAUGGUGCCAAAACCUAUGACCAGAACCCUGUUACUAAGCAGGAGAAUUCUCCAGCCCAUUUACCCAUUCCUGGUCUGGAUCACCCAGAUCAGAACCUCUCAUCAUCCAGUCCCUCAGAAUCUGGGCUUCCCCAGACUCCUCAGAAAGUUCCAGCAGACUCCAAUUAUUACCAGAAUGUGUCACGUCAACCAGAUAAACCGAAAAGUAGACAUGUGUCGAAAUCUCAGCAUCACAACACGUCAGAUUCAUCUGAUGCAGAACAACAUGAUAGAAGACGACGAUAUCGCAGAAAACAACACACAGACAAAUCUAGGAAUAGUCAAGAAUAUAAUCUACGAACUUCUGGUUAUGACACACCAUCAAUGGAGUUACAUCCCUUGCGAAAGGACACUGAUAUUUCUCCCCGACUACAGAUGCAUAUGACUAAUGGUGAAAAUCCACUUUUACAAAAUGGAAACGUUCAGGUGCCACAGAUUCGUGACUGGGAACCAGAAAUUCCAAAAACCAGUCAUGCUAACAAUCCUAAUUCCCUGAUACAGGAUGAUGACAAGGUGUCUGAUAGUGGAUCUGAGAAACCACCACCUCCACAAAGUAGGCAAAAUGCAUGGGUUGUCUCCCCUGACAAAACAGAUGAAUUUGCCUCUACUAGUAUGUCCCUUGAUCGUCGGAGAAAGCCAACACCUGAUUCAUCAUUAUCACCAUCAACUAGGCAAGUUUCUGCUUCUAAUAAUGCUUUGAGUGCAGACAUGUCUAAACUGAAACGACGAGUGACACCAGAAAAACCACCCCGCCAUAGUUUGGUCCAUAGUAAUCGUGUUGAAGGCCACAUACAGCCGGGGCCUAGACCACUGAAGGCGAUCCACAGGGACGGUAGCACAUCAUCGCAUAGUAGCGAAGUGGCUGAAGUUCUUCCAGUCACUAACUUGUCUCGUAAUAUGUCACAGCUCUCUCUUGACAAUUCGCCCAUCGACAAACGUCUGAGGAAUAGGAAAGGACAUAUUGUGUUUCACAGUGCCAUGAUGGAACUCUUUAGCUCUCUGGAACUUGACAAAUUCCGGCAGGAAAUCGACGAGGAUGACCCUGUUGGUCUACAAUCUCGACUGGCCUCUAUACAACAGCAGCUGAUGAUGGAAAGGAAAAUGAAGCGAAAAUCACAGACCUUCUACAGCAAACUGGCAGAAUCACCAAACUCCACUAAAGGUGAGCAGAAGAACAGAAUUGUGCAGGUGUCCAAAAACUUAGAGGAUAUGACACAGAAAGUGAGGCACUUGGAGCUGUGUAGGACUCACAUAGAGAUGUUACAAGCAGAGUUGAGUGGAAUCCAUGCCAGUUACCUCCAUUCCCUGGCUACCUGUCCCCAAGGCCAGCCCCUACACCUCAGACCAUGCCAGGAUAGCUCAUUCCUCCAGUUCCAGCAUCCUAAGGAACCCCACUCAGGCUACGAAAUCCUAUCCCUUCAGUCUGGCACUCCCGAGGGACUCAUGGCCUAUUUGUUUGCUAACACGGCACUAAGAGAUGGCUAUACCCAUCAGUUCAUGUACUGUUUCCGCUACUUUGUGAAGCCAGUCAAGUUACUGAGUUUUCUUGUAGACACCUUCAAAGCAGCUGCGGAGGCAAGUGGCCAGAGCAGUGACAACAACAUGUCCAAAAUCAAACGACGUGUGAUGGAUCUCAUAUAUUACUGGCUUGAGGGUUACUACUCUGUUGACUUUGACCGCAACAAUGAAGCCACUGAACUUCUUCAUGCAUUUCUUCAACUCAGCGAUACUGCAGCAUUGCCAGAGGGAAAAGAACUGACAGAAUUACUAAGUAACUGUGAGGAGGGUUUUAAUAUUGAUCUUGUAUCGGCAAAAGAGGAAGAAGAUAUUCAUAUCUACAAAUCCAACACUCCACGAAAGUGGGGAUCCUUGAAGAAUAUAUUAGGGCGUGGUAAGGCAUCUUCACCUAAAUUGAUGUUAUUCCACGAGAAGCGAACUCCUGUUACAAAACUGACAACAGAUGAUGGAUUCCUGCCAGCCAAAUCACCUCGUCGUGUGGAUUCAUUUACCCUCCUUGACCACCCGCCUCAGACCUUAGCCGAACAACUUACUCUCGUAGCACAGAGCAUUUUCCAGCUGACCCAUCCUGUCCACUACCUGAAUUCUAAGGCCCAGGGGAUUAGUGUGGCCAUGACUAUGACUGGCUCCAAAACACCACUAAUGCAAAGACUGACGGGCCAGGACUCGGAUCAGCCUCUACCUCCAAGCCUCUUUGUGAAUAAGACAUUGAGGGAGUCUGCGGUCCAGCUGAUGAUAGAACAUGACCAGGAGGUGGGACACUGGGUGGCUGCAGAGAUCGUCAACUGCAGCAAUGCUAAGAACCAGCUGGCUAUUCUUACAAAAUUCCUUCAUACAGCCCAAAUCUGCAAGGACAUGAGAAACUAUGGAACAUGUCUUGCCAUAUUGGAUGGUCUGGAGAACUUAAUUGUCAAACAGCUUCCUGCCUGGAGAAACCUCCAGGGAAAAUGUGUCAGCAUCUUUGAGGAGUUAUCAUCUGUCAGGCUCUUCCUGAAGAAUGAUGGAAUGGCCAUCACCAGCAUCACCAACAGCCAUCUUCUUCCCACAAUUCCUUCUGUUUUACUCUUCCUGUUCCAUGUCCAGCAACAAGAGAUUGGAAGUUUUCAGCUUGCAAAUGGCAUGUACAAGUGGAGCAAAAUCAGGUCCAUCAGUAAAAUUAUUGACCAGAUUAGGAUAUUCAAGGACCAUCUUUAUGGAUUUGAGCCUGACUUUGACCUACAGGAUGACAUUCAGCUACGCAUACGAGAGUUUGGAGGUCAAGAUAUUCAUCAAAUAGCUGCUCAACAUCAUACAAACUAUCAGAAAAUGCCCUCAGGUGGUAUUAGUGGAGCUUUCCGAAAAAUAAAAGUGAAGUUACAGUCCAAGUGA